AUGACAGUACCCAAGUACUCCCUUCCGACAGGUUCGACAGUGAUCGCCAUUAUAGGUGGCGGUAUUGCGGGUUGCGUCCAGGCGAUCUGCUUGGCGGAAGAAUUUCCUUGGCUCAAGAUUCUAAUCUUUGAGAAGAAUAAGGAUAUCCUCUGCGGGACAAGUUGCAUGAAUCCAGGGAGACCAACAUUCGGCUUCCACUAUCGACAUCUGGAAACAGCUACUUUCUGUCAAGAUAAUACUGUCAAUUUCACCAAAUUUCUCGAGAGAAUAGGAUGUCGGGAUAUCUUUGCUAGAGCGCCGCAAAAGGGGAUCUACGUGCUGAUGAAGGAUUCUGUGCAAAUUUUAGGCGAAUCCGUUGAUCCCGUGUUCAGUCCACAUGAAAUCAUACCGGUAUUUGAGCAAAUAAAACGGCACGCUAUUGAGAAAUAUCAGAAUGACAGGGAGUUUGAGAAGCACUUUGGUCGUCCUGAUCAAAUAUGCCGACAGCUUCAGGAAAGUGAGUACGAGUCGUUUCUCACACCAGAAGUACUGAAAGGUGUCGCCGCCUGUUACGAAACGGCCGAACGGACAUUUAAUACUGCCGGUAUUUGCUCCUUCUUACGCGGUUACGUCAAGAAGUUCAAGAAUAUUACUAUUCAUACUGGAGCAAACGUCACCUAUCUGGAGCGCAUGGAGCAGUCAACACGGAGAAACUACCGUAUCACCUGGUACGACGUACGUGAAGCCGAAAAACGCAUCGACAUUGCGCAGUUGGUUACCCUGGCAUGUUGGGAGAAUGUUGGCGCCUUUCGACGACAGCUUGGCAAAUCUGACUGUGAGCCGACUCACAAUCGUCUCAAGAUGCUGGCUAUCGUGGAUAUAAACAUAGAGGCUAGCCUUCUGCAGACAAUUCGGCCCAUAUUCGUCGCAUCAGGUCCCUUUUGCAUGAUAUCACCCCAAGAGUGCAACGAGCAGCCGGAUGGCCACAUUCGAUGCAGAUGUGCUUGCACCUUGGCCAUCAGAACCAAUAUUAUGACAGUUCCGGAUAACGUCCCGUUGCCCGCCGAUUAUGAAGAAAUGCUCAACAGGAGGAUCAGCCAUGAAGACCGACUAAAUAUGGCCAAACCGAUAUUAGAGGGUGCGCAGCAAUUUUUUACUUGCCUCAAGCACGCCAGGCUUGCGGAUGUUCGGUUUGGGACUGUCCGAGUCCCCUAUGGAGGAGGAAAUAACAUGGACUUGCACGAUGCAGCUAGCGAGCAUCACAAGCGGAACUAUCCAGGGUGCUACCGACUGGGGGAAGGGUUGUAUGUCAAUGAGGCGAUGAAGUUGAUUUACAGCACGUACAAUGCUGAAAAGAUGGUGGAAUGGGUGCGAGCCGAUAUUUUGCAAGGUAACGGGACGAAGGAAAGUAUUUACUGUCUUCCAAUUGAUGAAAUCCCAUAG